AUGAACUACUUUGUACUUUUUAUAUUAGUGACCUCUACAUAUUUUGGGCUAGAUGAAGCCUGCAAAAAGAAUCAAGUAGAAAUUCAUAAUCAACUUGGCCCGGGUAAAAUUCUCCAAUUUCAUUGUCGUUCGGGGGACGACGAUAUAGGUGUAAAAACCUUAAACUUCAAUGAUGUUCCAUAUGUCAUUAGAUUCUACGAUGAGAUACCGAAUUUAACAAAGUGGGCCUGUAUUUUAAGGCAAGGACCUAAAAUGGAGUAUUCUUAUGACGUUCAAGUAUACAAAGCAGGACCAAGACUUAUUCCUCGAUGUGGUCAGCUACGUAUAUGGACUGCCAAAACUGAUGGGAUAUAUUUUACAAGAAAAUUAAGUCAACCAUCCGGUUUUGCACUGCCUUGGAAUAAAGGAUAA